ACUGCAGCAGCCCUCUUCUUAAAAUUUUAAAAAGAUCCUUAAUAGCUUUCACUCUUGAAGAACAGAUUUAUUCAUGGAGGGAACGAUUCGUUGCGGUGCGAAUUACGUUCCUCUUUCCCCAAUCAGCUUCUUGGAGCGAUCUGCUGUUGUUUACCGAGAUAGAUUAUCAGUUGUUUAUGGCGAUCAUGUGAAGUUCACUUGGCGAGAAACUCAUGAACGAUGUGUGAAGCUUGCGUCUUCUCUCGCUACUCGUUUUCGAAUUUCUCGUGGAGAUGUUGUAGCUGUUUUGGCCCCAAACAUCCCUGAAAUGUACGAACUCCAUUUCGCAGUUCCAAUGGCUGGUGCUAUUCUUUGUACCCUCAACAUUCGUCACGAUUCACCAAUGGUCUCAACUCUGCUUAAACAUUCAAACGCCAAAUUACUCUUCAUUGAUUACCAAUUUCUCCAAAUCGCAAAGGGCGCAAUCGAAAUUUUAUUAAAAUCAACAACUUCAGUCCCUCAACUAAUCUUGAUCCCGGAUUCCGGCGAACUUUCCGGCCACCCGAUUCCGGAAUUAGUCACCUACAACAAUCUGUUACAAAUGGGAAGUUUAGAUUUUGAAAUUAAAAGACCGAAAGACGAGUGGGAUCCAAUCGCGCUUAAUUACACCUCAGGAACAACAUCAAGCCCGAAAGGCGUUGUGUAUAGUCAUAGAGGCGCGUAUUUAAACGCGUUAUCAGCGGUUCUACUCAACGAAAUGCCAUCAAUGUGUGUAUACUUAUGGACAGUUCCCAUGUUUCAUUGCAACGGGUGGUGUUUGACAUGGAGCACGGCGGCACAAGGCGGCACAAACGUCUGCCUCCGGUCAGUCACCGCCAAGGCUAUCUUCGAAUCAAUAUCGAAACAUAAAGUUACACACAUGGCCGGAGCUCCGACGGUUUUAAACAUGAUAAUCCACGCGCCGGCGGCUGACCGGAUCCCGCUGCCCGGAAAGGUGGCGGUGAUGACCGGCGGUGCUCCGCCGCCUUCUCAGGUGUUGUUUAGUAUGGAAAAUCUCGGGUUCGAUGUGUUUCAUUCGUAUGGGUUGACCGAGACGUAUGGGCCCGCAACCGUGUGCACGUGGAAACCCGAGUGGGAUAAUUUAAAUAAGGAAACACAAGCGAAAAUUAAAUCCCGACAAGGAGUGAAUCAUUUGGGAUUGGAAGAAGUUGAUGUUAAAGAUCCGGUGACUAUGAAAAGCAUCCCAUGGGAUGCGAAAACAAUUGGUGAGGUUAUGGUUAGGGGAAAUACUGUAAUGAAUGGGUAUUUAAAGGAUACCAAGGCAACACAAGAAGCGUUUAAAGGUGGGUGGUUUAGAAGUGGGGAUUUAGGGGUUAGACAUUCGGAUGGAUACAUUGAAUUGAAAGAUCGAUCGAAAGAUAUUAUAAUCUCGGGUGGGGAGAAUAUUAGUACGAUUGAGGUGGAGUCGGUGAUUUUCCGGCAUCCGGCGGUGCUUGAGGCGGCGGUUGUAGGGCGGCCGGAUGAUCAUUGGGGGGAGACGCCGUGCGCUUUUGUGAAGCUUAAAGAAGGGUUUGAGUUAGCUGGUGAUGAUUUGAUUGUGUAUUGUAGGAAAAAUUUACCGCAUUAUAUGGCGCCGAGAACGGUGGUGUUUGAGGAGUUGCCGAAGACGUCGACUGGGAAGGUGCAGAAGUUUGUUCUCCGGCGGAAGGCGGUGGAGAUGGGGAGUUUGGUGAAAGGGAAAAGCAAAUUAUGAUUUUUGUUGCGUUGAAUUUUGUGGUGGUGAUAUUAAUUGAAUAAAAUGGGGUUCGUUGCUGUCGAAGGUUGUAACUUGUGUUGUAUCUUUUGUACUAUAAAGAGUUGGUAUAUAGUCCAGAAUAUAUAAUUGUUUAAA